AUGGCAACUGCUCAGCCAAUUGUCCAUAGAUCAAGAUUUGCUGAAGAGCUUUUAUCUGUCCGAUUUAAUCAAGACUAUUCCUGUUUUUGUGUUGGAACUGACAAUGGUUUCAGGAUUUUCAAAAGUAACCCUCUCAAAUACUGUUUCCGAAGAGGUAAUUUCUAAUAAGAUUUUUCAGGAGGCAUUGGAAUCGUUGAACUUCUACAUCGCUCAAAUAUAGUGGCACUUGUAGGUGGCGGCAAAACACCUCGGUAUCCUCCAAAUAAAGUGAUUAUAUGAGAUGACCAUCAAAUGAGGCCGAUUGGAGAGCUAACAUUCCGUACAGAAGUAAGAGGUGUUAAACUCCGAAAAGACCGUAUUAUAGUCGUUUUAGAAAACAAAAUUUACGUUUAUAACUUAGAAGAUCUCAAAGUUCGUGAUAACAUACAAACUGCACCAAAUCCUAAAGGCAUUUGUGCUGUGUCUUAUUUAGAUGAAAGAAUUGUACUAGCUUGUCCAGACAAAGUCAAAGGAAGUGUCAGAGUCCAAAUCUACAACGAAGAAAAAUCUGUAUCAAUCCAUGCACAUGGGACUGCUAUUAUGUGUCUUGAGCUUAAUUAUGAUGGCACUAUGCUGGCUACUGCAUCUGAUAAAGGAACAGUUAUAAGGAUUUUUAAACCAGAUGACGGGAGCUUAUUACAAGAGCUUAGAAGAGGUAUCGAUAGAGCUGAAAUUUAUUGUCUAAGUUUCCAUCCGUCGUCAAAAUGGCUUAUAUGCUCAAGUGAUAAAGGGACAGUCCAUGUAUUUUCAACUGAUACCACAAAACAUUUAAAUCCCAGGUCAGCUUUUGCAUUUAUGAAAUAUAUACUUAAAGGAUACUUUGAGUCUGAAUGAAGCUUUGCACAGUUUAGAGUCAGAGAUGCCAAAACAAUCUGUGCAUUUGGGGCUGUGAAAAAUACGAUUAUUGUACUUAAUGCUGAUGGCUGCUAUUAUUUAGCUUCGUUUAACUCUGAUGAAGGAGGAGAAUGCCAGCUGAUUCACCAAGAGCAAGUAGUAGAUAUCGAGUAA